CGUCACUAUCUCAGAGAGCAUCACACAAUUUCCAUCGCUCGCGGUUCAGUGGUCAAGGCAGUGGGUAGAAGCUGAGGCAACUGACAGUGAACAACAAUAUCUGAAAAAUGAGAGAUUGUUGGAGGAGUUUUCGAUCUGGGAGACAGGAGAAAACGUGGGAGGGCCAAGUGAUUAUUUUGUUUUGCUUCGGUUUCGCUUCAAUACAUGGAGCCACCACCUAUAUCCCAGGUAUAAACGCUCAAUCAAAUUCGCCAACUUCAGUGGACGUUACAUGGGUGUUGCCGGAAGGUGUGAAGCCCAUUGUCUGCCACAUAUUUAUUUCUCCCACUGAAAACAAAGACAAUUUUAUCUCCCAGCACAUAGUAGAAGAUCAGUCUGAAGGUCACUUUGUACUGAAUUAUCUAGAUCCUGGUCAGAAAUACCACGUUUUUCUUAGCUGUCAGCUGAAGCGUGGAACCGUUAACGCUCAUGUUCCAGUUACAACAAUUUCAAACGGCGAUGAAGAGCUUGAAAGAAUUGGGCGUCUCCGAACUAAUACUUCAGAACAACUUUCGAAACAGGCGACAUCAAGAGAAAAUGCGCAUUCUUCACCACGUCGCGAAAGUUCCCAGAAUGAGGGUUCCAAGACGAGAAAUUUAAAGACGACUGAACUGCCCCCUAGUUCCAAUAGCGAAAACGGUAGUUUAUCUAGCUCUCAGCGCGCUCCUUCUAAGUUCGUCUACUCGACGAAGUCCCCUUCCAUUAGACAAGAAAGGAGAACAUCUUCUCCAGGACAAGAUCACAGACCUCGGCCCUCCAAAAGAAGACUACCGAUACGCAAUCGUAACAAUCCAACCGAUACUCGAACACAGUUACCAACUUCAGAAUCAAGGCAUUAUGAUAGAGUCAUUUAUCACACAACAUAUCCCCCCAUGAAGGUAAGAAAUUCAAGAAAAUUAACAGACUCUUACAGGAAGACUUUCAUAACGCCCCCGACACCUGAUCCUAUAGCUGGUAGAUGGACGAGUCAACCAGGAGAUGGAAAUGGCCAAGAAGUGGAAGAGGAGAGUCAACAUAAACUAUGGCAGUGGGUGGCCAUCGGAUGCGGUUCUGGUAUUGGUUCCAUACUGCUGGUGUCUGGACUAUUGUUCUUGGUGAAGAGUGUGGUAAAGACAGAAAGGAAGAGGAGAAAGUCUCAAGUCAAAACCGACAACCCAGGUUCUCCUUCUUCCGUUGUUGCUGAACCGCCAAGUGGUGAGAGAGAGUACGUCAGGUGGGAUAACCCACCUCUAACGGCACAGAACAACCUCGCUGUUCCAGGCAGAGGGAAAGUGGCCGACAGUGUCUAUAGCUGGGGCUCCGAGUUUGAUGUUCUAGAUGCCCCCGAAAACCCGUACGGAAACUGCGACUCUCUGGGCAUCCCGACCUUGACUGUGACGUCAGACAAGGAAAGCCCCUCACCCCCACCUCCGAGACGACCCCCAAGGACGUACCAAAAGUUUGCAUCUGCUUCCAACGCCCUCUUUCGGAACGUUUUCGGGAAAAUCCGGAAUUCGGCCCAUUAUUUCAACAGAGAUUCCACAGGUUCCAACGUGCAGGAAACCUAUCAACCAAAUAGCGCCAUUGCUGCAGCCGCUGCCCCAACAUACGGUACUGAAAAUUAUAGGUACGGAAAUGGGUCGUCCCAAACAAAUCAUAAUUACAACAACAACAGCAACAACUACAGCAACAACCACAGCAACAGCAACUACAACAACAACAACAACAGCAACUACAACAACAACAACAACAAUAACCUGAGCUUAAAUAUUCCUGUGCCUGUUAGCGGGUCCUCUUCUAAUAACCAGCAAGCGUACAGAAAUGUGCCUGUGUACGAUCAGGAGGAAAAUCUGUAUGUCAAUUGAUGGUGGUGAUUUCUGGGGGGCCAAGUAGUUUGGUUUCAGGUUUUGCUUGAGUUUAGAUUAUUAUGACAUCUAAGAUACGAAACAACAAUGUAUUAUAUAUAAAUAUGUGUGUAUGUGUCUGUGUGCGUGUGUGUGUGUGCGUGUGUGUGU